AACCCCACCACUAAAAAUAAAUUAAAAAAAAAACACCAAUCACCCCGGCCACUGUCUGCGCCAGCACGCCACUGCCGCGCCCCGCCCCCGCCGCCUCAUCUGUCAAGUGCCGCGUAAAGUUCGACUUGAAAUAUUGUUUAUAAGCCGCUGAAAAUCGAUUAGAUUAAUCGCAGUCAUGUUUUAAGCGCGUUCGAGUUCGCUCAGUGUCGUGGUUAGCACUAAAAUGAACGCCUCAUACACGGAAAUUAUCUUCGCCGGGUGCAUCCUCAUACUGCCCUUUUUGUACGAAUCUAGUCAUGUCUUCAGAUACCACCUCAAGUUCGUCCUGUACUACGCGAUCGUGAUGCUCAACUCGGUGAUCCUCAUCCCCUUGUUCUGCUUCAGGGCGGGAAACGUGAGGAACUUGCUGACUGCGUCGGCUUGGUGCCACCACAUCUCGACGCUGCUGGGGCUGCGCUGGAUCCUGCGGGGGCGAGAACAUCUGGAGAAGGACCAGGCGUGCAUUAUCGUGUCGAACCACCAGAGCUCCAUUGAUAUUCUGGGGAUGUUCGACGUGUGGCCGGUCAUGGAUAAAUGCACGGUGGUGGCGAAAAAGGAGCUGUUUUAUGCGUGGCCUUUCGGACUGGCGGCAUGGCUAUGCGGGCUCAUUUUCAUUCCAAGAAUGAAUAGUGAUAAAGCGAAAUCGCUGAUGAAUGAGGCAGCGGAGAGUAUUAAGAAGGAUAGGAUCAAAUUAUGGGUGUUUCCCGAGGGAACGCGCCGCAACACCGGCCAAAUCCACCCGUUCAAAAAAGGCGCCUUCCAUCUCGCCAUCACGGCGAAAUUGCCCAUCUUGCCGGUGAUUUACAGCCAGUAUUAUUUCCUAGAUAAGGAAAACAAAAGGUUCGACCAUGGUAAAGUCUACAUUACAGUCCUCCCGCCCAUCCCCACCGACAACCUCACCACCGAACACAUGGACGAGCUCAUCGAGCGAACCAGAACCAUGAUGACGUCGACGUUCCACGAAACCAAUAAAGAAAUAAAAGACUCGAUGGCGAGAACCUUUCCUAGUCAAUAAGAGGUAUUUUUCGUACCAAAAAAUCCCGUUUACUUGUUUAUCGAAAUAAGCAGAUUUGUUACGUUUUUAAAUUAAACAACGUACUUAAAAAUCGGAAAAUAAGACGCAGCGGAAGCUAGUGGGUUUUUAGUUAAGACGUUGCCAUAUCACCACUGGGCGAUUUUAAGGCUGUGAGAUGUAGGGUUCUUGCCAUUUCGCAAUAAUUUUGUUAGGGAAUGGACAUUCCAAGCUCCGAAAUUUUAAAAACAAGGAGUGUGAUUGGAAUCGCGUGAUUUUAUUACAGUUAUAGUUGCGCAAAGAGUAAUUGUUUAUAAUGUCGAGGUCGAUGGGUUUUUAUUAUUUAGAUUUUUCUUGAAGCUUGAAAGAAAUAUAAGUCGGUGUUUAAAUAGGUUACUGAUGUCAACGAUUUCACUAUAAAUUAAUUUCAAUAUAAGACUGAAUAACAGGGACAUAAAUGUUUAAUUAGGUGUAAUUAAUUUUAAUUUCGAACGAUUGACGUCGUUGACACACUUGGCCAAAUUUACCAUAUGUGUGGACGCAGUGGCGGAGGCCAAAAUUUUACAAAAUUAAAACCUGAACGCAACUAUUUUGUUUUUAUAAUGUGGCUUAUCCUUCAAAUACGAUUUGGGCUCAAUUUAAAAUUUACGAAGCGGCCGAGUUCUUGUUAGCAUUCUAAUCGCGACAAGGUAAACGAAUUCCACAAUUUUGAAUUAAAAUUUCGGAGCAUAAAGGGUCACGUAAACCGAUAGUUUUAAUAUUUAAUGUGCAAGUUGUUGUAAACACACGUGUUUUUAUCACGGUGAUCAACUAAGCAAAUAAAUUGUAGUUUUAAGGAUUUAAUUAAGAGUAGGAGAGGAGUCACUGUAUUAUUUGCCGAUUUUAUGAAUCAUGGUACUUAAUUUAUUUGACUUUUUUCUUAUUUAUGACCACUUUGUAAACGAAUUUUUUAUUUAUAAGAUAAGUAAUAUGUAUUGAUUAGUUCCACUUUUUCUCGAUCAUUCUCUGUGAGAUAAGUACAAGAACAUUCACGUAAACGUUACCUAUUUACAUUCUUCAAUAAAAAAUACACUCUA